AUGUCGCACCUUUUUCCAAGUGCCAAGGGUGAUCAGUUAUGUCCGCUUGGCUUCCAUCCGCAAGUACGCUGGCCGACGCGAUGUAAGCGCUGCUUUCGGGACUACAAAGAACACGGCAACAAACGUAAUGGGGAUGAUAUAGCCGCUUCCACGCCGGUUCUUCCGGGCUCAACCCAAUCACGUAAUCGUGAUAGUGGCAGCAGCACCACACUGGACAAACCGGUCCGAAGCUGGACAUCUACACAGAAUCUGCUCAGUCCCAGCAGUGGCGGUAAUAAUGGUGGUAGUGCUCAAAACUUUCAGCAACGUCCAGCGUCGUGGGCCUCGACGCCAGACCUGGACAACAUUCUGCAGUCGGUGAAGGCCGAUUUUACGGUCAACUUGCCGCUCCCAAGACGGCGACAUACGACAACAUUCGACAAUGUUAGUAAUCUAGACGAGGUUAACUCGACAACAGUCACCAUCAAAAGGCCACCAUUGCCGCCCAUUCUGAAGGUGGAAAAUGUCAAAAAGGAGGACAAGGCCGAGCUACUGAAACGUGAAGAUAGUCUAGCGGACAUUGUGAUUGAGAAGGGUGACUCGUUAGCAGAGCGUGUGCGUAAGUUAAAUCUAAUAAAGCGACAGGGCAGCACAGAGCGCGAAACGAGCAAAGAGCGAACGGUUCCUCCGAAGCAGGAAAAAGAUGAGGCCCCAGUCGUAACAGCGAAAGUUGUGCUGAAACCUGCCAAAACGGAACCAGAAACGGUUGAGAAAGUCGAACGACGAAGACGUAGGCCCAUUCCAGACACACCCGAUUCCAGUGUCAUCACUCCCUCCUCUUCAACAGCCGCAACAAACGCCUCAAAGGUAACCUCCAGCAGUGCCAAGCCAACGGUAACGUUUGCUAGCACACCACAGCCAUCACACACAUCCGCUACAUCCGGCGCACAGACUUCUAAGGAGUCCCAUGGAAGUGAUGCGAGCGGUACAGCGAAAACCGUCGUUCGCCGGCGGCGCACCGAAGAUUCGUCUACACCAACGUCGGCUACCACUUCUACGCCUUCUGCUGGACCAUCAUCGUCGUCGUCGUCGUCGUCGACGAAAAUAUUAUUAACCCAGUCGACCCCAUCCAUAACUUCCUUCCAGCCGAAGAGUGUACGGCCGACAAGCGAGCCCCAAAUACCCAGUUCCAGUAGUGAUGACGUUAAAUUUCUCAUAUCGAUUAAAGACAAAAAAGCAAAAGCGGACGAUGAUCUGCACUCGAUCACGACCGAAACGACCGAAACUACGGAAGCAACCAUUGUGGACCAUACCGACAUUCGAGAAUUGCAGGAGGAGAACGAGAGUUUACGCCGCGAGCUGGAAACGGUUAAGGCGAGGGCUGAAAGAGCCGAACGGGACAAGAGUGACAUUCUGCUCAGGCGGCUCGCUUCGAUCGACACCGUGUCGAAUAAGACGGCAGCAUCCGAAGCGUUGAAGCUGCAGCAGAAGGUAAACGAGCAGAAGCAGUUGCUAGACGACCUGCAGGACGAGAAAAAGUUCCUCACUACCAAACUGAAGGAGAUGUCGGCGGACAUGAACGUUCGCGGUAGCCGAUUCCUUGAGGAGCAGCUGCGCCAGAAGCUGGAACAGGCGGAAACGUUCUGCGAAGAGCUGAUGGAUGAGAAUGAGGAACUUCGGCGCGAACUGCUCAACAAGGACACGGAGAUGGAAGAAAUGCACGACAACUUCCGCGAGGAACAGGCGGAUGAGUAUGCAUCGCUGAAGAAAGAGCUCGACCAGACCACAAAGAACUGUCGGAUACUGUCGUUUAAGUUGAAGAAAUCGGACCGCCGCAUCGAGCAGCUAGAGUCGGAGAAGGCCGCCCUAGGAGCAAGUGGUGAUCUGGCAGCCAAGAUAAAACAUCUCGAAGACGAGCUGAAGGUGUCGAAUGAGGUGGCACGACGUUUGCAGUCGGAACUGGAGAACGCUGGGUCCGGCUCAACGCCCACGUCACCGACCAAGAAAACACCGAGCCUUGGUAACAUUGGUAAAUCAACAUCGGCCGAUAGUAAGAUUUCGCGCGCUUCAUUAACACGCGGCGGUUCACAGGAAGAUCCGGCACAGUUGCUGCGAGAUCUGCAGGAUUCGCUCGAACGAGAGGCGGAUCUUCGCGAGCAGCUUAAGUAUGCCGAGGAAGAGGCGGAAAAUCUGCGCCGCAAAUCGUCACGCGUUGAAGACGAGAACGACUCGCUCGUGAUGCAACUCAAGAAGAUGGCAUCGAAGGCGAAAACUAAGAGCAGCAUCUUUACGAAAACAAGAAAACUGAGUCCGGCACCUACAUCACGCUCCAGCACGGACAAUGCUCCAGUCGAGAAGGAUGAAGGCAUAUCCGACGAGGAGGAUCCCGCAGAGAUACGCUUACAGCUGGAACUGAACGAGCAGGAAAUGGCCGUUCUGCGGCGCAAGAUGGAGGAGCUGGAGCACGAGAACAAACACGCCCGGGAGCAGAUCAAGGAUCUGCAGGAAAACCUCGCCUCAAAAACGAAGGAGUUGGGCCGAAAACUACCAACAUCGCUUGGCAGCAAGGCAGGCGUGAAGGAUCCGUUGGAAGAAAAGAAAAUCACGGUCAUGGAGGACGAGAUUAGCGAGCUGCGGAAAAAGCUCAUCGAAAAGGAUCGAGAAUUUGAGCGGUUGCAGGCUGAGAUGGCACUGGCAAAGUCCAAGGGUGGCAAAUCGUUGUCUAAAUCGAAAUCACUUGAUGCACUCACCGAGCACCAAGCGCAGGACUUGAGGCGGCAGCUGCAGGUGAUCGAGCAGGAAGCGACGGUAUUGCGAGCUAAAACGCAAAGCCUCGAGCAAGACAAUGAGAAGUAUCAGGCGGAGAUCAAGAAGCUGCAGACCGUACAGAAGCCAACCGGAACACUGUCGGCGGCGGAUAAGAAAAAGCUAACCGAUUCCAUCGAUCAGCUGGAGAAGGACAAACAUGAUCUGGAGGUGCGCUUGAAACGAGUUGUACAAGAGGCUCCCGCCCAACUACCCGCACGGCUAUCAAAGAGCCCGACCGAUAUGCACACAAAGUUACAACUAAAGAAAAUGGUUGAAGAAUGUGAAAUGGAAAUCGAUGAGUUGCGGGCUUUGGUUGGUAAAGCAGGGGCCAUGAACCUUACCGCACUGGAAAAGGAAAAGAAGCAACUCGAGACAGAACUGGCCGAGACAAAGCAACAGCGGGAGAAACUAACGACGGAACUAACCACGCUUAAAAAAGAAACUCUCGAACAGCAAACUUCAAAGCUGAACGAAGCACAGCGUACGGUGGAAAAAUUAGAAGAUGAAAACAGAAAGCAGAAUGAGAAGAUUAAAACGCUCGAAGAUAAAAUCACCAAAAUUAAUUCUACAAUGAAAGCUGCGGAGUCUAGCAGAUCUUUGCUCGAGGUACAACUCAAAACGGAAAAGGAGAAACACACUACCGUUGAGCGAGAUCUUGAAAAGCUACGCAAGGAAAAGACCAAGCUGGACAAUCGCAUCAGUGAUCUGGAGAAGGAACUUCAGCUUUCGAAGAAAAAUGCCGAGCUCAUAAAAGAAAGUUUGGAGCGGGAGAUUUCCGCGUUGAAGAGUAAAUCCGCCACCGGUGUGGAAGACAGCGAAUCGACGAAGAUUUUGCAGGAUCUUAAAAAACAAAAUGAAGAAUUAACGGCGGAGAUCCAUCAGCAGAGUAGAAAGUUUGAAGAGUUGCUGCAAAAACACGAAACCAUGGAGGAGGACCAUCUAGUCACGAAGGCGCAGCUGGCAUCGGAGCGUGAAAAGACGCAGGAAGUCGACAAGCUGAAGAACAAGUUACUCCAGGCGGAAGCGAUCGAGUCGAGGCUCGUAAAGGAAAACACUAACAUGAGUCGUCGGUUGGUGGAGGUGCAGAAGAAGCUGACGGUCGCUGAAACUAACAACGAUAACCGGUACGCCGGUAUAGAGUUGGAGAAGAAUCGUUUGAAAACGGCACUGGAGGACAAACAGCAUGAUUAUGAAAAACUGACCAAAGAAAGCGAGAUGAAUGCAUAUCAAGUGAAUCAGCUGAAAAAAGACAACGAAGAUCUGCGUGGAAAACUGGAUGACUAUGAACGCAUUAACAAGGCUCAGCGUACGCUAAGCGAACACAACGCUCAUUUGGAGGAGGAGUUGAAGAGUAUCUACAAGAAAUUAGAAGCGUCGGAACUGAACGUAAAAUCCGAAGUAGCUGCGACCCGUUUGCGGUACGAGCAACAGGUGACAAACUUGCACAACGAGCUGACGGCUAUGCAGCGACAGUGCGAGCGGUUUAAGCGCGAUCGUGAUACCUUCAAGCAGUUGGUAGAGGCAGCUCAAAAGCAGAUUGGAGAUAUGAAGGCAAACCGGCGCAGUCUUGCGUCCGUCACCAGCAGCAGCGGAGAUGAUGACGACAAGACGAAAAUAGUAGCACUGGAGCAACAGAUCGGCUGUCUCGAGGAUGAACUCAGCGAGGCCCGACUCGAGGCCAGCAAGGUGCGCACGGAGCUGGUGUCGGAGCUGAGCGCGUCCGAGAUCAAGAUAUCCGAGAUGCAAUCGAAGAUUAACGAGCUGGAAGAGGAGAAGAUUAUGGGAAGCGGAAAGUCGAAGGUACCCGGUACGAAGACACGGCUGGAGCUAUCCUGGCAAAAGGAGCGCGAAGAGCUGCAGCGGUUAGUGCAGGAAACGUCCACGCUAGCCCGGGAUCUUCGCCAAACACUAUACGAGGUGGAGCGUGAACGGGACAAGGAGAAGCUCGAAUCGAAGCGCAAGAUCGAACAAAUCAAAAAGACAACCGAGGAAGAGAUCGAAGAGGGUCGCCGAAAGGUGACCGAAUUGCAAAGCGAUCUGCUCGAGCUGCGUGACGCGCAUGCGAAGCUGCGUACAGCAAACGAAAAGCUACGCCGAGAUCGCGAUCGCUACGAACGGGAGCGGCUCGACGCCACACGAAAGAGGCUCGAAGCGGAGGGUGAUCGACGAAUAGGAGCGCUGCUGCAAACGGUGGAUGAGCUGGUGAAGCUGGCCCCGGAACUGCAGAAGGUUGCUGCAAAAGAUUCCCACACGACAAGCACUGGAAAGACCAUCACUGCUAAUGCACCCAUUCCAACACCGCCAAUGCGUCACAAGAGUCCAUCGCCGGGACCCGGAGGUUCACAGCCACAGCAGUCGAUUUCUACAGUAUUAGCUAGGCUGGCCGAUGCAUCCGAAGAUCUGCGACGCUACCAGCGUAUGUGCGAUGAGGAAAAAGACAGAGAACGAGCACGCCGUGGAGGAAUGCGACGGGCUGCAUCCCAGGAAAAUGAUGCAAUGCACGAAAACUCACCGGGACGGCCGGUGCUCCGGGUGAACCGAAACGGUGGCAGCCUGCACAGAAAGAGUCUUUCACUGGAUCAAUCCAUGCAGGCUGAACAGCAGGGGCUUAUCUGGAGAGAAGGUGACGAUAGUAUGUCGUCACUGCAAUCGAUCGACUCCGACUACGGCAUGAUGCGCCGUGAUUCCAGCCUUGACUCGCGCCUAUCGACCGGAUCGACCCAAAGUGAUAUGCCGCGGAUGCGAAAGAAGAAGCGUGGCCUUAUGGGUAAACUGCGCAGCUUAAGCCUUACCCGAAGCAAGGGAACCGAAAGCGACUACUCCCAUCAAGGAUCAGAUUCCGAUCUCAGCCUGGCUGGCGAUAUUCGGUCGAGUAAAACCAACCUUAAGGGAAAGAUAUCCGGAAUGUUCCGUCGGGCCGGAUCUUCCUCACGCACCAACAGCGCUGAAGGUAUCGAUCGCGAAAUUCAACGUCCAGUUGCUAUCCAGACGCUCGGCAAUGGUCCUACACCAGUAGCUGGACCACCACGGCCAGUUUCUGCUAGCACACCGCAUUUAGCUAGAGCUGCAAAACCGCCCACACCGUCGAUGGCCUCUACGCAAAGAAAACGGCUAAGUGCAAAUCUUCCUCCCACGGGACAAUCGUCGGGUGGAGGAUAG